CUACAGGUUUUUGGUUGUUGAGCAGAGCUACUGCUCGUGGAAAAAAGCUGCUUUUAUGUCUGGCUGUGGCGGCUUUGACAGUCCGGAGUCUCCUUCUAGAGAGAAGUGAUUCAAAGAGUUUGUUGCAAGAGUAUGUCGCUCUGGGAAUAAUUGUAUAAAUUACCACUAAUCCCAUUUUUCCAAUCUAUGGUUUGUUUCAGGGAACUUCUACGAAUAUCACAAUGUCUUUCUACAGGAACGAUAACAUGACCACAGGAUUAGAUAACUACGCAGACUCAAGUCCUUGUGCGCAGGAGGAGUAUGUGACCAUGAAGACCAUCACGGCGGUGGUCUACAGCCUGGGGUGUCUCUUGGCCGUGACGGGGAAUGUACUGGUGUUGGUGGUCAUCCUUCACAACCGCCGCUCCAUCUCAUCCACGGACGUCUACCUGCUCCAUCUGGCCACGGCCGACCUGCUCUUUGCCCUCACCCUGCCCUUCUGGGCAGUGGACGCCGUGUCUGGCUGGGUGUUUGGUGACGCCAUGUGUAAGGUGAUCAGUAUGUUGCAGGAGGUGAACUUUUACAGUGGCAUCCUCCUGCUGGCCUGCAUCAGCGUGGACCGCUACCUGGCCAUUGUCCGCUCUGUCCAGUCGCACGGCCACAAGAGACCGUGGAUGGUCAAACUGGUGUGUGCCAUCGUCUGGCUCGUGGCCCUGCUCCUGUCCUUGCCCGUCCUCUACAAUGAAGUGUUCUACGACUACGACUAUGAUCGGUCCUUCUGUAACGAGGAUCACAGCGGUGAUUUUGACAAAACGUGGAAACUGGGCAUCAAAGUUUGUCGCCUGGUCAUCGGCUUCCUCAUGCCGCUGGCCACCAUGGUCUUCUGCUACUCCGUCACUGUGUGGAAACUGUGCCAGACCAAGGGCUUCCUGAAGCAGAAAGCCAUGAAGGUCAUCAUCGCGGUGGUGCUGGCCUUCCUGGCGUGCUGGCUGCCCUACCAUCUAACCAUGGUUGUGGACACACUGGUGAGAGUCGAACGGAUCAAACUCUCCUGCAUCGAGCUUCACCACUUGGACAGGGCCGUGCUGGCCACCCAGUGCUUGGCCUUUCUUCACAGCUGCAUCAACCCAAUCCUCUACGCCUUCAUCGGGGUGAAGUUCAGGAGGAACCUGGUCAAACUCCUGGCUCAUAAAGGCCUCAUAAAGAGAAGCGAAGAAUCCCAAUUCAAUAAAUCACGCUCAUCCUCAGUCGCUGGGCAGACAUCCACCACCAUUUAGACAGCUCCCCACCCCACUACCCU